GUACGUCACUUCAAUCUUGUUUGCAAUUGUAUCACACAAAAAAUAAAAUAUACUACACUGUUUAAAAUAACUCUAGUAUCUUUCGAAUGACUUACUUUAACAAUUGUGAUACAACAAAAUUCCAUUGGUCCUAAGAUUUAGCUUUUGUGCGCCGUAAUUCUCUACAUACAUACAUAUUUAUGUGUUUACACUAUAUGCAAACAUGAUCGAUAUAUUGUCAUUGCCGCGACGGAACAAUGUGACCAGCCAAAUGAUGACCAAGCAGCCCAGCUAUAAGACUGGGCUGCCCAUUAACAGUUUACCAGGUUGGGAGUUAAUACCUCUUAACUGUAAAUUACCCAUGCUCAAGUGUCCGGGUAAUCAGGUGAUAUUCUCAAAGGAUAAAAUCGGACAAACGUUUAAAUGUAGUAUGCAGGAUUUCGAUUCAUCGGUAACAGUUCAUAUACCGGAAUAUAAUCCGUUGCACGAUUCAAAUUUGAAGACCUUCUACUCGAACGAGCGCAAUCUAAAGAGAUUGCGCGAGAAUGGCGAGAUAACCAAUGAGAAUGAAGUGAUAUGUAACCUAAAGGAUUUCAAUCAAUAUCGUGAGGAUCUGCACAAGUCCCAGCUGUACUAUGUGCUGCAAGCGUAUAGGCAAAGGGAAGCGGAGAGGCACGAUCGCAUGUUGAUUGCCAAUGCCGAGGGCAUCUCGCGAAAGGAUAACCUACAAUCAAGUAUUCGGCAUCAGAGUCAUGACGAAGUCAUAGCUAGAAAGCAACAAUUGGAACAGGAAAAGCACGAGAGGAAAGUAAGGAUAUAUAAUAUGACGGAGGAGAAAUUCAAAAAAAUGGAGAACAUGUUAGCUAUGCAGCAGAUGCUGCUCGAGCAUCGCAAAAUGUUGACCAAUAUGCGUAUCCAGGCGCACAUCAGUCUGCAUCAGGAUCUGCAGCGCAAACAUUUGAUCAAGCUGAAGAAGCUGUUCCAAUUCAAAAAGGAUCGCUAUAACAAGAAUAUGCGUAAUUUGUUCAAACAACGUGUGAUCAAAAACGCCGAGGGACAAAUACAAUCGUGGCAUAAACGCCUGAACGAACGCAUUGCCAAUCAACGAAGGAUCGAUGUGCUCCUCAGCGAGGUUCAACAGGAACGCGCCUAUUUUAUUGAGAGCCACAAGGAGAAAUAUCGCGAGAAAUGGCAAAAUAUUCAGGAACAAAUCAAACGACGCUCUCAUGACAACAGGCAGCAGAAGAAUUCCAAAGGACUCAAGAAAAAGACAAAGAAGAAGAGGGUAGCUGAUACUAUCAAAACUGUGGCGCCUUCGUUCUGUGAUGAAUAUCAAGCUAGCUUUGAAGGUCUGCUAGAUAGCGAGCUCUGCUACGCUUUGAAUACAGCUAUUGAGUUAGGUGGACAUACCCCAUUGACCUUCGACACCAAUGACCCCAUCUACAAGGCGGCAAAGUAUAUACUCAAUCAUAUAUUAUACGGAUUCAAUGUGGAUUUAAGUGAAGAUCCGUGUGCCAUGCACGUACUAUCCGAACGCAUUAUGAACUUCCUAUGCGAUGCCAAGAAAUAUGUUAACUACAAAGCCAUACAGAUCAUUGGCUUUGCCAAUGAUAACAAGGCCAUGGAGCUGCCAUCAACAAAUGCCAAAUCUGGUAUGUCUAGCAAGAAUCAUGCACGUGUCUCCCAUGUCUCGUUUAGUGGCGUUGCUAGCACCAUUGGUGUCGGUAGCUAUGAGAUACAUCCGUUUGUGGACGUGCGUCCUUGCGCGGAACGUCGACCAACACCGGCGGGCUCAUUGACCUCCUUGAUAGUUAACCAAAUCGGGGAUCAGGUCAUACAGGAGAAGGUGCGCCUGCCGCACUUAAAUCGCAAGGAGAUCAUUUUCAUUGAACACUAUUUGGUCAAGUUUAAGCGGGAACUGCUCGUGGGUCUCGAUAAGCAGGUGUUUGCUGCAAUACAAUGUCAUUAUGAGAAUCGCAUUAUGGAGGUGCGCGAAGAGCUGCUCGAGCUGGACAAAGACUUUUUAUACAAUCAAAUUUCUUUGGGCAUACUCAGCUACGCCGUGAACCCACUUAACUAUGAGACGGCAUUGAUGCUGACAAUAAAUGUGAUUGCGAAUCAAUGUAUUUGGGGAUUGCAGCAGACGCUGCUUAAACCAGGUAUCGAGCCGAAGACCAUGUCACAUCCGAUUAGCUGCGGCAGCGAGCGUGACCGAGACCAACGCGCCCUCUGCACUAGCUAGUUAACAACUCUUCCUAUCUUUGUCGUAUGUAUUAUACCAUGAUGGACAGAGAAUCCACAGGUAUGCUCUAGUGUUUGGUGCCCACAAAUUUAAUGUAGAAAUAUAUGAAACUCACCGUAUUUAACAUA